GACCAUGGUUGAAAUGAUUCACACCUCUGGUUAACCCUUCCCUCUCUCUCUUUCUCUGUGUUUUUCCUCGCCAGACUAGGCAGAAAGGACAGUGUACGAUUGUUCGGGUACCUGCACACCAAUCCAAUCCAAUCCCAUUCUAGAGAGAGAAAAACAGCAUCUCUCUCUCUCUCUCUCUCAUAUUAGUGCAGAUAUAGAGAGAGAAAGUGUAAGUAUAAUCGAAUUCUCCAAGUUUGUUUGGCCAAUCUCUUCUAUAGAGAGAGAGAGAGAGUAUAUAGUUUCAAGUUUGUUGCGAAUUGGAGCUGUGAAGGUAGGGUUUGGAUUGAGAGAGAAUUGAUUGUUGAGAAUCGAUUUGACUAGGUUGGGGUUUCAGAUGAGAGAUCUGUGUUAAAGCUUCACGAAAAUGGCUUCUUCAGAGCUGUCAUUCAAAGGAAACGCUAGAGGAGGAGGAGAGUGCUUCUCUUCGGGUUACAGUGACCAUAACGAUGGCGCCGGACUGUCUAGGAGCGCUUCCGAGGCGGCGCCGAAGGGUUAUUCCACUGUUUCCGGCGCCGGGAAAGUGGAUCCCGAAACCGCGCUUUACACGGAGCUAUGGCGCGCUUGUGCUGGUCCGCUCGUGACAGUGCCUCGUGAAGGCCAGCGCGUGUUCUAUUUUCCUCAAGGACAUAUUGAGCAGGUCGAGGCAUCAACCAAUCAAGUGGCGGACCAGGAGAUGCCGAUGUAUAAUCUUCCAUCGAAGAUCCUUUGCUAUGUGCUCAAUGUCCAAUUGAAGGUUGAACCAGACACUGAUGAGGUGUUUGCCCAAGUGACCCUGCUUCCUCUAAAAGAAGAUGAGAAUGAGGUGGAGAAAGAACCUAUGCCAUCUCCACCACCACGCUUUCAUGUGCAUUCUUUUUGUAAGACCCUAACUGCCUCAGAUACUAGCACUCAUGGUGGAUUUUUGGUGCUAAGACAGCAUGCUGAUGAAUGCCUUCCCCCUCUAGUUAGGAUUCAUUACUCAUAGACUCAUGCG